AUGACGACUGGACAGAAAAAGGAAACCUCCUAUGGCUGGUUCAAGUCUACCUAUCUCAUGAUCAUUGGAUUUUUCAGAUUACUCAAAUAUGCUUUGACAAUAAAGUACCACUACCCUACUAUCGAUAAUCCUUAUUAUAAUCCGAAAAAGAUAAAAUCUGCAUGUGAGAAAGAUUUGCAAGGCCGAAAAAUAUCUACUUGGCAUUUUCUAAGAUCCAAUACUCUUAAUAAGCAAUCUCUUGUUCAUCUUGGUGAAAAGUUCCCUUUCGCUACUGUAAACUUUCUUAAAGUUGGACAACAAGCUCCUAAAGGACGAUUAUUUACGCUUGAUCAACAACAAACUGAUUUACAAAACAUCUUUAAUCAAAGCGCCAAAAAAAUUCAUGAAGCCCAUGCUGCCGAUGAAUGGGCAAUGCCAUUAAUGAAUGAAAAUCUUGGCGUAUGCUUUCUUCAGCCUAAGAAAUUAGAAGCUAGAAUAAACAUAGCUAAAGAAUUUAUUAAUCGUUUCCAAUUUCAAUUACCGUUUUUCGUCGAUUGUAUUGAAAAUGACACGAUGAAAGCAUACGACGCUGUACCAGAAAGAUUAUAUGUAGUCGAUGACGGAAAAAUCGUUUAUUCAGGCGGUCCAGGUCCAUUUGCUUAUAGUGUAGAUGAUAUGGAACAAUUUUUAGAGAAAUACGUCGUAGAAGGACAGAAAUCGUCGUAA